AUGAAGCGCAAGACUGUGGAAAGAGGCUCUCUUGAUGGCAAUGGCCUGCCGGAAUCCAAGAAGCGUGCCCUCUCUAGCGAAGAGGCCGGUGCCCGCUUUCGUGAUGGUCUGUUUGAUGCCGCGGAACAAAAGAAGUAUACCGAUGCAUACACCAAGUCUUCCCCGUAUCUCCACGGUGUCAUCUGUCCCUUAAUCGAACCCUCCCUGCUACGGUCCGUCCGCGAUGAGAUUCAAGAGCACCUGUCUUUCACCGAGAAGGAGACCGACAUCUACAAGAUCUUCCAAUCGGGCGAUCUGGCAAAUCUGGAUGGUCUGGAUGAUUCUUCUCUUUCCAAGCUCCCGUCCCUUCUGAAGCUUCGUGAUGCUAUGUACUCUGCGCGCUUUCGCGAGUACCUGUCUUCCGUCACUGGCUCGGGCAAGCUGAGUGGGCAGAAGACGGACAUGGCAAUCAAUGUUUAUACCGAGGGAUGCCAUCUUUUGUGCCAUGAUGAUGUUAUUGGCAGUCGCCGCGUCAGCUAUAUUCUCUAUCUUACCGAUCCCGAUACCCCGUGGCAGGCAGAAUGGGGCGGUGCGCUGCGCCUAUAUCCGACCACAACCAAGAAGGAUGCUAAGGGUGAGGAUGUCAAGAUUCCCAGCCCGGAUUACAGCCUCUCUAUUCCCCCUGCCUUCAACCAGUUGAGCUUCUUCACUGUCCAACCUGGCGAGAGUUUCCACGAUGUCGAGGAGGUAUAUCACCACCGCGAGGGCGAGGAUAAGUCCAAGAAGCGAGUGCGCAUGGCUAUUAGUGGAUGGUUCCACAUCCCACAAGAGGGCGAAGAUGGAUACGAGGAGGGAUUGGAGGAGAAACUUGCUGAACGUAGCAGCCUUGCCCAGCUCCAGGGCCGCGGCGACUUGUACGACCUACCUCAGCCGAAGCCAGUCUCUUGGGAGGAGCCAGAGGUAACUGGCAAGGGCAAGAGUAAGGUAGAGGAACAGACAGAAGGCAACGAAUUCAGCGAGUCUGACUUGGAGUUCCUUGUCCAAUACAUUGCCCCGUCAUACCUGACUCCCGACAUCGCAGAUGAGAUGUCCGAAUCAUUCUCGAACGAGUGCUCUCUCAGCCUCGAGCAGUUUCUGAAUGAGAAGUUCGCCUCUCGUGUCAGCGCAUAUAUUGAAGAGCAAGAACGGGAGACUCUGCCCACCUCUUCCGAUGAGAUUCAGGCUAAGACUGGGUGGACUGUGGCCCGGCCGCCGCACAAGCACCGGUAUCUGUACCAACAAUCCGCGGAGGGCCGCGCCGAGAACCCAAUCACGGAACUCUUGAACAUCCUCUUCCCCUCGCAGCCGUUCCGAAAGUGGCUCGCUCUUAUUACCGGUGUUGACCAUCUGAAGAGCCACAAUCUGCUUGCGCGGCGCUUCCGUCGUGGUGCAGACUAUACUCUAGCCAGCGAGUACGAUGGCGAAGAGCCGCGCCUCGAGUUUACGCUUUGUCUCACUCCAACUAUUGGCUGGGAGAAGCAAGAAGACGGCGAAGAGGACACAGAGGAUCAAGACGGCGAGGAUGUGCCGUCCAAGCCCUCGGCCAAGGAUGAGUCCUCCGAGCAUCCUUCCGUGGGUGGCUAUGAGAUCUAUAUGGCCGGGGAUGAAGAUGAAGAAGAGGACGAAGAAGACAAUGAGAACGCAGACGGAGUGCCUCAACCGAAGAAGGCAAAGGCUGACCCCGCUAUCUACCGUUCUGCCGGUGCUGACGAGGAUGACGGUAUCCUCUUCAGUACACAGGCCGGCUGGAACCGCCUUAGCAUUGUCCUGCGAGAUAUCAACACGUUGAAGUUCGUCAAGUACGUCAGUGCUGAGGCCAAGGGUGACCGGUGGGAUAUCACUGGCGACAUUGACGUGGAGUUUGAUGACGAUGAGGACGAGGACGACAAAUAA